AGAUUUCAAUAUGGCGACAGAUGUAUUGCAGAUAAACAAUAUAAGCUAACAAGCUGCUGUCAUAACCUGUGAAAUUGUGAUAUCUUGAAGAAUAGUAUGCAGGAAACCAACGAGUCAAUAUUGGUAGAAACGUAUAGAAAACUUCAGUAAUGGAUACACGGGGUAUAGAACAGAUGUUUGACUUCCAGCGGUUGCCAAGUGAUGGUUUGAUCCUGUUGCUGCUGCUGCUGUACUCUCCAGUAGGCUUUUGCCUGAUGUUGCUGCGAAUAUUUAUUGGUGUCCAUGUAUUUCUAGUGAGCUGUGCACUUCCUGACAGUUUUGUAAGAAGAUUUGUAGUACGAGUCAUGUGCUCUGUAUUGGGCCUGCAUAUAAGACAGAACAGCCCUCGCUUAAGAGACAAAAAUGUCAAGCUGUAUGUCUGCAAUCAUGUAACCCAGUUUGACCACAACAUUAUUAACCUCCUUACCUCCUGCAACACUCCUUUAUUGGAGGGCCCUUCGGGCUUUAUGUGCUGGGCCCGGGGUUUCAUGGAGCUGGGUGGUGGUGUGGCGAGCAAGGCCGAGCUGGCAGACACCUUGCGUGGGUACUGCUCUGCCCCGGCAACAACCCCCCUGCUGCUCUUCCCAGAGGAAGACACCACCAACGGCCGUGCCGGCCUCCUCAGAUUCAGCCCCUGGUCUUUCUCUCUGUCAGACUCUGUUCAGCCUGUGGCCUUGACAGUGAAGAGGCCUCUCUUAGCUGUGAAUGUACCGGAUUCUUCUUGGCUGGCAGAAUUGCUGUGGACGUUUUUUGUCCCAUUUACAGUGUAUCAAGUAAGAUGGCUUCUUCCAGUGCUUAGACAAAAUGGAGAAUCACAUCAAGAAUUAGCCAACAGAGUCCAAGAGCUUCUGGCCACUGAGCUUGGUGUGGUCUCGACCCAGAUCACCAAGGCAGACAAAGCAGAACACAUCAAAAGGAAAAGGCACAUAGCCCCACACACCACACGCUCUAAUUUGGGUGCCAGACCUCGUACUGUGCCUCAGGUUUUUCUAGGUCCUAGCCCAGGGGCAGAAGAUCCUAGAGUGAUGCGCAUGGUGCAUCAGGUGAAGGAAGUCCUACCUGACGUCCCUCUUAGUGUUAUUACCAGAGAUCUGUUGCGAACAAACUGUGUGGAUACAACUAUUACCAACCUGCUGGAAAGCACUGAGCAGUAUCAUACAGAGCCUGCAGAGGGCGCUACAUCAGGCCCAGCGCGACCUCGAACUUCCAUCACUCCUUCUAUUGCUGUCCCCCCAGCCACUCUAAAGCCAGCUGCCAAAUCUUUUGGGAGAUCGCCAGCAGACAGACACAUGUCUUUACAGGAUAGAAAAACGGCCUUGUAUGAAUAUGCAAGAAGACGUUACAUUGAGAAGCAUGGACUGAAUGUAGAGGAAGACUCAUGAGUACGGACAAAUCGCUUCCCAAGGAUUUGUUUCUGGAAAGACAGCCGAUUUCACUCACACUGUUACUGAGACAAGGAGAAGAAAUUAUUGUGUUGACUUUACCCAAAACAUUUGUGUUAACCAGACAUCCAGAGAAAGAAAAUUGGAGAUAAGUUGGAAUCAGUGGAUUUUUUUAAUCCUCUUGCAUGGCAAUCAUGCAUGUCUUUUUAAUUAUUUCUCUCUACGACAGAAAAAGAAAAAAUAUUAUUUUGGUAAACAAUUUGUACUGCGCCGCAGUGACAGUGGAACAUCUCAUAUUAUUUUUAUAAAGUUCAGAAUUGGAAAGCAGGGGUUUGACAUUGUGUGGUACCAAAUAAAACUGUUUGAAGUUAUGUUGUAAGGAAGUGUUAAUUCCGUGUCAGCUUUUAAAGACAUUAAAGAUCAUUUAUAAAUGUAAAA